AUGAAGUUUUGUUUGACGGGACGAGAAAUACAAAUAUUAUUUUGACUGUAGUACUACUGAAUAGCGCAAAAACAAAACUAGGGCUUGUGCUUUCAACUGUUUUUUUUAACAGACUUAUCACCAAAAAACGAAGAACACUCUCACUCUCUCUACUCAACCGCAACACAAGAUUUUACUCUAAUUCAUUCUUCACGUUUCUCGAGGAGUCGGUAAACACAUGUCUUCUGAUACUACAAAAGAAAAUGCAUCGGUGGUAGAUUCCUCAGUAACUGACUGGAAACAUGAUAUGGGGAAUUUUGAUGAUCCAGAGAGCCCGAUCUACAAAGGUGACGAAGAUUGCUAUUCUCUCAGCCUCAGGGCUGAAAAAGCAGGUCACAAUCAGGCAAAAAAUCCACCUUUAAACAAAAAGGGUAAAUUGUAUAAUGCAAGGUAUUUCAUCAUUAAGAGUUUGAACCAUCAUAAUAUUCAACUCUCAGUUGACGAGGGAAUUUGGGCUACUCAAGUCAUGAAUGAACCAAUUUUGGAAGAGGCCUUUCGUAAUUCUGGUAAAGUCAUUCUUAUAUUUAGUGUCAACAUGAGUGGUUUCUUCCAAGGAUAUGCUCAGAUGAUGUCAACAGUUGGAUGGAGGCGUGAUAACAUCUGGAGCCAAGGGUGCAGUAAAAAUAAUCCUUGGGGCCGCAGCUUUAAAGUUAAAUGGCUGCGGCUGAAUGACCUGCCAUUCCAAAAGACACUUCAUCUCAAGAAUCCACUAAAUGACUUUAAACCUGUUAAAAUUAGUAGAGAUUGUCAGGAAUUACCAGAAGAUAUAGGAGAAGCCCUUUGUGAGUUAAUUGAUGGGGAAGGUGAUAUUGAUGACAUGCUAAAAAGGCCUUUUACGGACCCUCCAUGCUCGCUUGGGGAUGGAGAAUAUAAUGUCCUGCCGAUGCAUAUGCCAUGGGUUAGGACACCCAGCUCCUAUCCUUCCUUUCUUUAUCAACAUCGUGCUGGAGCAAGUAAAUCUCAUUUGGCAUACCAGGGAUCUAGCGGUGUUAAUCUACCUCAUUCUGCCGGUGCAUCGAAACUAUCAAGGAUGAUACAUCCUCAAGUGACUGGAAAUCGUGCCAAUUUGCAAGUACAGCACGACAUGCCUUCUCAAACUGAUGCCUGGUGUUUGACAGCAGAAAGUCCUCUUGCUGGUACCCUGAGCGAGGAUGAUUUUCUUGAAAUGACUUAUGAAGAGUACCUGGAAGAGCAUAGCAGGAGCAUCAAACAAGUAAAUCUCCCGGUAGUCGGAUCAUCCCGAACUAAAGAGGAGCCAUCAAGAUGUGUUAAACAUGACGAUGAUUCAAACUCGAGUUUUGCAACUGAACGGCGCCACUCACGGAAAAGGAUACAUCAUUAAACGUAGAAAUGAUUGAAUAGUCAGAUGGCGUGCUAUUCUUGGAUCUUUUACCUGAUGAUAGUACUUGUACAUUUAGAGGAGAGAUUCCAAUAUGCUGCAGAGAUUUGUUUAAAUCUCUGAAAUUGUUAUAUCAUAUAUGUUCUGUUGUCAUAUUGUACACUUAGAUGUACUUCAAUUUUAUGUUCUGUUGUCAUAUUUGUACAAAAUUUAAACAAAAGUGAACGGGAUUGGUCGAUGAUAAUAACUCCUGAUUUUAGUGGGCGUAGCAGUAUCUACUAAAAGUAGAUACUAGAGAAGAAUGUAAAUAAAGAAAUAGAUUAUUGUUUUUUUUUUAA